AUGGCCCCUUCCGUACCGGGAUUUGAGGGUGUAGUACCUUCCAGCGAUAUUCCCGCUAUACAGCAGGCCGCAUCAAUGGCCCCUGCCAUUCACGCAGCUGUAGAUGUUACCCCCCCUAGCUCCCCUGCUCCUGCAGCGACAUCCCCUCGACCCGCUGCCAACAGAGCUUCAUCUUUCGUAGCUCCUGCUCCUAAACCUUUGGGAAGUCUUCACCCUCCCGCUACUCUAAAAGGUAUCGACUAUGAAGGUAUGCCUGCAGAGUUAAAGUGGGAAGAAGCUAUGGGUGAACCCGAUGCAGUGCUGGAACUCGCCGACGGUUUGGCCUUGGCUGGUCACUCUUUUGGAGCAAAGAAAUCAGUAGCUGGAGAAUGUGUCUUCCAAACUGGUAUGGUCGGUUAUCCCGAGUCUUUAACCGACCCUUCUUACUCUUCUCAAAUCCUCAUCCUCACCUACCCCUUAAUUGGUAACUACGGUGUGCCCGAAAGGCCCAAUGUCUCUGCCUCCAGCGUCCCAACUUCAGAGGAUGCUCACAAUGUCCCUCCCUCGACUCAACUCCUUGACUCCCUCCCUCUUGAGUUCGAGUCUUCCCAUAUCCACAUCGCUGCGCUUGUGGUUGCCAACUAUCAUCCCAGUUACUCUCAUCACCUUGCCAACUCCAGUCUUGGCCAAUGGCUCAAGGAACAAGGGAUUCCCGCUAUUUGGGGUGUCGACACAAGGAUGUUGACUAAAAGAUUGCGAGAAGGUGGUGUGCUUCUUGGUCGAGUUCUCGCCAAGCAAGGUGCUUCCGCUAUCGAAGGUCAAGAACGAGGUCGAGAAGCUCAAUCUGGUGUCCUCGGAGGUGUAUCAAGACUUCUCAACGGUCUUUCCGCUCCAUCCAUGCUUCGUUCCAACUCCACCGACAACCUUGCUCUCAAUUGGAAGGAAGAUUAUGAGUCUAUCCCAUUCCACGAUCCCAACGGAAUAAAUCUCGUCGCAAAAGUAUCCACACAACAACCUACCGUGUAUACUGCUACCACCGGCUCGGAGAAGAAAAUCAACCCUCGAACUGGUAAACAGUUGAGAGUUAUCGCUGUUGACGUCGGAAUGAAAUGGAACCAAAUUAGAUGUUUCAGAGACCGAGGUGUAGAAGUCAAGGUUGUUCCUUGGAACUACGACUUCAAUGCUGAGGCUGAUUCAUACGACGGUCUUUUCAUUUCCAACGGUCCUGGUGACCCUUCCAUGGUCAAAGAAACCAUCGCCAACCUUUCUCGAGCCCUCGAAUCCAGCAAAGUUCCCAUCUUCGGUAUCUGUCUCGGUCAUCAGCUUCUCGCCUUAGCUUCCGGCGCUUCCACUCGAAAGAUGAAGUACGGAAACCGUGGUAUGAACUUGCCAUGUACUUGUUCAUCUUCCGGUCGAUGUUACAUCACCUCUCAGAAUCAUGGUUACGAAGUUGAUGUAACCACUCUCAAGAACGGCUGGGAAGCUUUCUUCACCAACGCCAACGACGAAUCUAACGAAGGUAUCUGGAUGGGUAAAGAUGGCAAACCCUUCUUCUCAGUUCAAUUCCACCCCGAGUCAGCUCCAGGUCCUCGAGAUACCGAGUUCAUCUUCGAUGUAUUCAUCAAGAGCAUGGUGGACAGCGCCGCUGCUGGCAAACUCGUCCCUAUCGACAUGCCUGGCGGUGAACUCGCCGACAACAUCGCUGCUCGUCCCAAGGAGCACGUAAAGAAAGUAUUAGUCCUUGGUUCAGGUGGUCUUUCUAUCGGUCAAGCCGGAGAAUUCGAUUAUUCUGGUUCUCAAGCUAUUAAAGCCUUAAAGGAGGAGGGUAUCUACACCAUCCUUGUUAACCCCAACAUUGCUACCAUCCAGACCUCCAAAGGUCUCGCAGACAAAGUUUACUUCCUUCCUGUCACUGCGGAGUUCGUUCUCAAGAUUAUCAAGCAUGAGAAGCCCGAUGGUAUUUACUGUACUUUCGGUGGUCAGACCGCCCUUGGCGUCGGUAUCAAACUGAAGGACGAAUUUGCCAAACUUGGAGUCAAGGUUCUUGGUACACCUAUUGAAACUAUCAUCACCACCGAGGACCGAGAUCUUUUCGCCAAAGCCAUGGAGGAGAUUGGAGAGAAAUGCGCUGAAUCAGCCAGUGCCGUCACCCUUGAAGAAGCUAAAGUAGCUGCCAAUAACAUUGGUUAUCCAGUCAUUAUCAGAGCUGCUUUCGCCCUCGGUGGUCUCGGUUCAGGUUUCGCACAGAAUGACGAAGAGCUUACCGAACUUUGUAACAAGGCUUUCGCCACGUCUCCUCAAGUUUUGGUUGAGAAGUCUAUGAAAGGAUGGAAAGAAAUCGAAUAUGAGGUCGUCAGAGAUUGUAGAAAUAACUGCAUCACAGUGUGUAACAUGGAGAACUUUGAUCCCUUGGGUAUCCAUACCGGUGACUCCAUUGUUGUCGCUCCCUCUCAAACACUUUCAGAUGCCGAUUAUAACAUGCUUCGAACCACUGCCGUAAAUGUUAUCCGACAUCUCGGUGUUAUUGGUGAAUGUAAUAUCCAAUACGCUCUUAACCCUUACUCAAAGGAAUACUGCAUCAUCGAGGUCAACGCCCGUCUCUCUCGAUCUUCUGCUCUUGCGUCAAAGGCUACUGGGUACCCCCUCGCCUUCAUUGCCGCAAAAUUGGGACUCAAUAUCCCCCUCAAUGAAAUCAAGAACUCUGUCACCAAGCUCACUUCCGCUUGUUUCGAGCCUUCUUUGGAUUACUGUGUAGUCAAAAUUCCCCGAUGGGAUUUGAAAAAGUUCAACCGAGUCAGUACUGCUUUGAGCAGUUCCAUGAAGUCGGUUGGUGAAGUUAUGGCUAUUGGUCGAACCUUCGAGGAGACCAUUCAGAAAGCUAUCAGGUGUAUUGACGAUCAAUUCCCUGGUUUCGGUGAACACACCUUUGUCGAGGAUAUCGAUUACGAGCUCGCUAACCCUACCGACAAGCGACUCUUCGCUAUUGCCACUGCUCUUAAAAGGGGUUACUCAGUUGAAAAGCUAAACAAGAUGUCUAACAUCGACCCUUGGUUUUUGACUAGACUAGAGAGGUUAUCGAAGACCGAGAAGCUCAUCUCCAACUAUAACGCCUCCACUGUACCCAACCAGCUUAUUCGAAACGCUAAACAAUUAGGUUUCUCGGAUCGACAGAUCGCUAAGGCCCUCAGUUCUAACGAGCUUGCCGUUCGUCGGCUUCGUAUCGAAGCUGGAAUCUCUCCUUUCGUCAAGCAGAUCGACACUGUUGCUGCCGAGUUCCCUGCUUUCACCAACUACUUGUACACCACUUACAAUGCCAGUGAACACGAUGUUACCUUUGACGACAAUGGGGUCAUGGUGCUUGGUUCCGGUGUUUACCGAAUCGGAUCUUCCGUUGAAUUCGAUUGGUGUGCUGUUCGAGCUAUUCGAACUCUCCGACAGCAAGGCAUGAAGACUGUCAUGAUCAACUACAAUCCCGAGACAGUGUCUACCGAUUACGAUGAAGCCGACAAGCUCUACUUUGAGAAUAUCUCUCUCGAGACGGUUCUCGAUAUCUACGACAUCGAGCGAUCGAGCGGUCUCGUUUUGUCCAUGGGUGGUCAAACUCCAAACAACAUUGCUCUGGCUCUUCACCGACAAAACGUGAAGAUCUACGGUACUUCCCCCGAGAUGAUCGACACUGCUGAAAAUCGAUACAAAUUCUCUCGAAUGCUUGACAAAAUCGGUGUUGAUCAACCUCUAUGGAGAGAACUUACCAGUUUUUCUGAAGCUAAAACUUUCUGUGACAAGGUUGGUUACCCUGUCCUUGUCCGACCUUCAUACGUGCUUUCCGGUGCUGCGAUGAACGUUGUGUUCUCCGAGGACGAUCUCGAAUCAUACCUUGGUCAAGCUACCGACGUCUCCCGUGAUCACCCUGUGGUCAUCUCCAAGUACAUUGAAGAAGCCAAAGAGAUUGAAAUGGACGCCGUCGCUCGAGAUGGUAAAAUGGUCAUGCACUACAUCUCCGAGCAUGUCGAGAACGCUGGUGUUCACUCAGGUGACGCUACUCUCAUCUUGCCUCCUCAAGAUCUCGACCCAGAGACCAUCCGAAAGAUUGAAAUCGCUACCCAAAAGAUCGGUCAAGCUCUUAACGUCACUGGUCCUUACAACAUCCAAUUCAUCGCGAAGGAUAACGAGAUCAAAGUCAUCGAAUGUAAUCUUCGAGCUGCUCGAUCAUUCCCCUUCGUCUCCAAGGUCACUGGUAUCGAUGCUAUCGAGCUUGCCACCAAGGUCAUGCUCGGUCUCCCUGUAACCCCCUACCCUGAUGUGAAGAUGCCUCCUAACUAUGUCGGUGUUAAGGUCCCUCAAUUCUCCUUCAGCCGAUUAUCUGGUGCAGACCCCAUUCUUGGUGUAGAAAUGGCCUCUACCGGUGAGGUCGCAUGUUUCGGUAAGGACAAAUACGAGGCGUAUCUCAAGGCACUCAUUUCAACUGGUAUCUUACCUCCCAAGAAGAACAUUCUCCUAUCUGUGGGUUCAUUCAAGGAGAAGAUGGAAAUGUUGCCUGUUGUCCAUAAGUUACAUCGACAAGGUUACAACCUCUUCGCUACUGCUGGUACCUCCGAUUUCUUCCAAGAACACGGCAUUCCCGUCAAAUUCCUCGAAGCUCUUGGAUCAGAGAACGAUCUUAAUCCUCAAAAGGCAGAAUACUCAUUGACUCAACAUUUGGCCAACAACCUGAUUGACUUAUAUAUCAACUUGCCUUCCAAGAACCGAUCUAGACGACCUGCAUCGUACAUCUCCCAAGGUUACAGAUCUCGACGAAUGGCUGUUGACUUUGCUAUCCCUCUUAUCACCAACGUCAAAUGUGCUAAACUCUUUAUCGAAGCUAUUCUUAAAAAGCCCACUUUCGAUAUCACCAGCGUGGAUUACAAGACCUCUCAUGAGACAUUCACCUUCCCAAGUCUCGUCUCCGUACAGGCCUUCGUUCCUGGUGCUGCUGAACCCAACUCAAACGACUUUGGCGAGGCAAGUCAAGCCGCCAUCAGAGGUGGUUUCACAGUCAUGCAGAUGGUACCCCAAGGUGUCGCUUCAGCUGUCGAAGAUGAAAUCUCCCUUCAACGAGCUCAAGCCAACGCUACUGGUGCCUCUCAUUGUGACUACUUCUUCUCCGUCGCUGCUACUGCCGAUAACGCUUCCCGUCUUGGGGACGCUCUGGCUGCUGGUGCAAAGGCGUUAUUCAUUCCUUUCAACAACUUCUUCGGAUCUGUCAACAAGGUCACCAGUGUCGCACAACACUUUGCUGCUUGGCCAGCAGACAAGCCUAUCGUCACUGAUGCUAGAGCCACCGACCUCGCUUCCAUCUUGCUUCUUGCGAGCUUGAACGCUAGAUCCAUCCAUAUCGCCAGUGUUUCUACAAGAGACGAUAUCCUGUUGAUUGCUCUUGCAAAAGAGAAAGGUCUUAACGUUACUUGUGACGUAUCCAUCUACGCCUUGUUCUACUCCCAAUCUGAUUUCCCUGGUGCUAAGUGUCUUCCAACGGCCGAAGACCAACAAGCUCUUUGGGAUAAUUUGGCUACUAUCGAUAUCUUCUCCGUCGGUGUACUUCCCUUCGAGCUCGGGACAGCUCUCGGCAAACCUAUCUCCGCUAGUUCCGGUGUCGCCGAAUCCCUCCCAUUGCUGUUGACAGCAGUCGCCGAUGGCAGACUUACCCUCGAAGACAUCUCAGUUCGACUCAGCGAGAACCCAAGAGCGGUCUUCGGGUUACCUGACCAAGCCCAGACUUACGUUGAAGUUGAAGUCAACCGAAAGUCUCUUUUCUCACAAGAUGGCAAGACCUGGUCUCCUCUCGAUGGCAAAUCAAUUGCUGGAGCUAUUCACCGGGUUGUCAUCAGCAACCAUUCUGUCUUCUUAGACGGAUUAUCCUUCUCUAUGCCCCUUGGCCGAGAUGUCUCUACCGCUGGCUCUCGAAUCUCAGCUACCAAGCAACCCCGUGGAUCCUUCGCCAGCAAGAAACGACCUUCAUUCUCCGCUCUCAGAUCUCCCACAUUCGACCGAUCGUCAUCUUUCGGACCUCCAGCUCCUGUCAAUGACAAACUCAUGUCUCUCUCCUCCAUUCACCCAGUUAACGUCUCUCCUGUACGAAACUUGCUCUCUCUACAAACCCAUCCAGCUUUCACGCGACGACAUAUCUUAUCUGUUAAGCAAUUUGACAGAGAAGACCUACAUGUCCUUUUCAACUUGGCUUCUGAGAUGAGAUCUCAAGUGGAACGAACUGGAUCUGUUGAUACCCUCAGAGGACGAGUUCUAUGUACCCUCUUCUACGAACCUUCCACGAGGACUUCAACUUCUUUCGAGGCGGCAAUGAAACGAUGUGGUGGUGAAGUUGUGCAAGUCACCGCUUCCACUUCCUCCGUUCAAAAGGGAGAAUCAUUGGCGGAUACUAUACGUACUGUCGGAUGCUACUCCGACGCUGUUGUGCUCCGACACCCUGCCGUUGGAUCCAGCAAAUCAGCUGCCAAGUCUAGUCCUGUCCCUAUUAUUAACGCUGGUGAUGGUAUCGGAGAACAUCCUACCCAAAGUUUGUUGGAUGUCUUCUGCAUCCGAGAAGAGUUGGGUUCCGUCAACGGUAUCACGGUCACUUUAAUCGGUGACCUGAAGAACGGCCGAACAGUCCAUUCUCUUGUCAAGUUAUUGUCGUUAUACGAUGUGACUCUCAACUUCGUUUCACCUCCAUCGCUCACCAUGCCCGACUCAGUGAAAUCGGAAGCCUCCCGAGCUGGUGUACGAUGGUACGAGUCUACCACUCUUUCCGACGAUAUCAUCGCCAAAUCAGAUGUACUCUACGCUACUCGAGUGCAAAAAGAGCGAUUCGAGAACCUUGGAGAGUACGAGUCUGUCAAGGACAUCUAUGUGAUCAACAACGAUGUCCUUGCCAAAGCUAAAGAAUCAGCCAUUGUCAUGCACCCCUUACCUAGGGUGAACGAGAUUGAUCCCGAGGUAGAUUUCGAUUCAAAGAGAGCUGCGUAUUUCAGACAAAUGAGAUAUGGUCUUUUCGUACGAAUGGCUCUUCUCACCCUUGUUCUUGGCGCAUAA